AUGUACAAGGAACUAAAAGCUAGCGCUGAGGCAGUUUCCUCCUCUCUUGAUGUUUGGAAGGCACCUAAUAAGAAGUAUAUUCUUGCCGUUAUUUGCCAUUGGGCUACAGAGGAUUUCGAAGAUCGCCAGCUCGUUAUUCAUUUUGGUCAUCUCAAGGAUUCCCACACUGGAGAAAACAUGACAAAAGAGAUUCAAGAAGUGCUUCGAAACCUUGAUCUAGAGCAGAAACUCGUGUCUAUUUGCGGUGACAAUGCUGGUGAUAAGCCUACACUCUGCCGCUCUCUGCACAAGCUCCUCAAACAGCAAUUUGUGGACUCAGUUCAAAAAUUGGAUCUGCUGGAUGAAGACCACAGAUUAAUGUGUUUUAGAGGCGACGAAAACUUUGCCCACUGCCUAGCACAUGUGCUGAAUCUGAUAGCUGAAUCGAUGCUAAAGGUAUUCAAAGCAGGCUCACACCAACAAGCAAAGAGGAUUAUCAAACAGAUGAGCAUUAAUAAGAGGGAAACAUUCCAAAUUGAGAAAUACCACACUAGCGAUCAGCCAUUCGAUAAAUACAUGGAAUAUGCCUCCGUCACCCUCGACUACGAUGUUGAUACUCGACAGAAUGCACUUCUAAAAAUGCUUGAGAUACCGAUUCGAGAGUGGUCUGCAAUCAAUCACAUGUGCAAGGAGUGUAAGCUGUAUAGUCUCUAG